AUGUUUCAUCUUUCGCCCCAUCCUACAAUAACAUCCUCAUCACAUUACCCGAACCAUUACUCUUCGACAUCCAUCAUCUCCACGCCAUUAUCGUCGUCAUUACCCGCUUACUCAUCCUCGCCUCUCUCCGUUUCUAUUCAACAUCCAUCGAGCACGUCUGGAUAUCUGCAAACAAACUCUCGAUUCUGGGAAUUCUACAUCGAUGGGUUAGUCACAUACGUGCGCUACGGCAAUGUUAACGGAUUAAAAUACAAGGAACGUGCCACACAGAUACAAGUUCAUGCUACUGUUGAAGAUGCGAAUGCGUUUAUUAAAAAGUUAAUCGCUGAAAAACUGAAGAACGGAUUCGAGGGCUGGAUUAAUCGGUGA